UGUGUGUGUGUGUCUCUGUCACUCCCUUACACAGGAAAACAGAAACCAAAGAGGAGCAGAGUGACAUUACAGCGGGCUUGUUUACCUACAUUAUAAGAUUUAAUCGCAGUUUAAUCCUAAAUCUAACUAUCUUAAUCUGUAGUCCUAAACUUUUAAUCCUCCACACCACCCCAGCGCAGCUCAGCUGCUCCCUGUGUGUGAGUACGCGACUCUGGUGCACUGUGUCCCGGGCAGCGGCAGCGUGAACUCCGCGGGUAGGUGUGAAAGAUGCAUUAUUAUAGAUAUGAGAGUGCGGAGGUUAGCUGCUGCUACAAAUAUCUCAUGUUCAGCUACAACAUCGUUUUUUGGCUGGCUGGAGCUGCUUUUAUUGCUAUUGGCUUCUGGGCAUGGAGUGAGAAGGGGGUGCUGUUGGACCUGACGCAGGUGACGCGGAUGCAUGGGUUUGACCCUGUUUGGCUGGUCCUAGUGGUGGGCGGGGUAACGUUUGUGCUGGGAUUUGCUGGCUGCGUGGGCGCGCUCAGAGAGAACAUCUGUCUGCUUAGAUUUUUCUCAGGUGUCAUUGGAUUUAUCUUCUUUCUGGAGCUGACAGCAGCGGUGCUAGCCAUCGUGUUCCAGGAGCCGCUGCGGGAGUGGAUCAGUGAAUUCUUUCUGGCCAAUGUGAAAGCCUAUAGAGAUGACAUUGAUCUGCAGAACCUUAUCGAUUCCCUGCAGAGACUGAACCACUGCUGCGGGGCCAAAGACCCCAACGACUGGAACCUGAACGUUUACUUUAACUGCACCAAAGAUAACCCCAGCAGAGAGAGAUGCGGAGUGCCUUUCUCCUGUUGCCUUAGUGACCCCGCCGACACAGUGCUGAACACUCAGUGUGGGUAUGAUGUCAGAUCAACAGGAGCUAUGAAUUCAUGGAGUGACUCAAUCUAUGUUAAAGGAUGCAUUGCAGCUUUAGAGGAAUGGCUUCCUCGAAAUAUUUACAUUGUGGCUGGAGUGUUCAUAGUCAUAUCUCUGCUGCAGAUGGUGGGGAUCUUUCUGGCAAGGACGCUGAUUGGAGACAUUGAAAAAGUCACAUUUCCUUACUGAGGCUAUUUACUCUGCAGACCUCAUAUUUCUGUCUUUCUUCUCUCUUCUUUCCUCUAUCUAUUCUUUCUUUCUCUUUGCUUGUUUACCUUACCUAUUUUCAGGUGUCUGGAUCAGAGCCGUACUGGAGGAAAGGUUGCCUUACUUCUUCUGGAGAUUUUACACGUGCCUUUUGAGAUUUCCAGGUUCUGGCUAUGCUGCGCUUUAUCUUCACGUCUCUCAGGGCUUCUCCCCAAUCUGUUAUCUGCCUGAACUCUUGUCUUUGCCUUUUCCCCUGUCGAUGGGACCAUCAUGUAUCAGUCAUUGUGAACAAAUGUUUAAUCUUCAUGACGGUGAAGCUGAUUAGGGGAUGUUAGUUUUUCAGUCAGUCUAAAACCUGCCGAAGAAUAAAUGCAGUUGUGAGACUUAUAUCUACAGGUUUUUUUUCUCUAAGUUAGAAAAUUAACAAAGUAACAGAAUAUAUUUAGUUGAAGAGUUCUGCAGAAUUUCUGCACAUCAUAAUUGAUCAGUGACCUCAUAGUUUUAAUAUGUGAUGUGUACUGCUUUAGUUCACAAUGGGAGAUUAACACUAGGUUAACACUGAAACACUCUGGCUAUGGUUAAUCUCGUCUUGGUAACUGUAUAUUCUAAAUUUGUAUGUUGUACUUUAAAUAUCUGUUCAAAAAGCUCCAUGAACAUGUUUUACAGUUUAGUAAAACAGCUUGGAUAUACAUUGUUCACACAAAGUUAUACUGAAAUGCAGUGUGCUGCAUGAUACCACAUAAUUGUACAGUAAUGGAAGUCACUCCUACAUCUAGUACAGUAUAAACUUCAUUAAUUUGACAAACUAGUCAAGUGAUGAGACUAGAUAAAAGGCAAAUGUUAUUAGGCCUGUGUUUGGAGAUUUUAGCCUAGCAUUGUCCAUUGUGAACUAAAAUAAGUGCUGGGCAGAUGUGAAAUGUCUUGUCUGGGUUCAAAGAUCAGUAAUGAUGCUUUUGAUUAUUUGCUGAACUUCUCAUUUUAGACACAUUAGGUUGUACAAAGUUUUACCUCAUUGAUAGUUGGUUUAGUAUUGAUUUUUCUCUUUUUUACUUUAGAGAUAUUUAGGAUUAGUGAGCUCUUAAUGCAUCUUGAUUUCAGCUCACAGUCUGAUUAUUCUGCACCAAACUGUGACAUAUUGUAUUUGUUUUGAUAUUUUUAUAUAAAAACAGAACACAUUCUGGUUUAAGAUCAUUUCACACACUUGUGAGAGUCACAAAGUUUAUGUCAAUAGUGUGUAAUAUAUAUUCAGUCUUAGCUGACUAAAUAUACUUAAGGUUUAGUACCCUACUCAGCAUACUGCAGUUUAGGAGCCCCAUCCAUUCAGCCUACUGCAGUUUAGGAGCCCCAUCCAUUCAGCCUACUGCAGUUUAGGAGCCCCAUCCAUUCAGCCUACUGCAGUUUAGGAGCCCCAUCCAUUCAGCCUACUGCAGUUUAGUACCCCCACCCAUUCAGCCUACUGCAGUUUAGUACCCCACCCAUUCAGCCUACUGCAGUUUAGUACCCCACCCAUUCAGCCUACUGCAGUUUAGCCUCCCCAUCCAUUCAGCCUACUGCAGUUUAGAAGCCCCACCCAUUCAGCCUACUGCAGUUUAGGAGCUACACCCAUUCAGCCUACUGCAGUUUAGGAGCCCCACCCAUUCAGCAUACUGCAGUUUAGUACCCCCACCCAUUCAGCAUAGAAAAAUUUCCUGUAAUCAGAGCUGUGCUGUACACUGGUCGCCACAUCAGCCUACAAGUUAUAUGUGCAGUGUUCUUCGAGCUUAGACACGCCCCCUAAAUGUCAGUGAAUUCUCUUUCAUAUGCUGUCUACUGUGGGUAAAAAAGGACAUCUGAUUACCUCCACUUUUCUAAUUCUUCACAAUAACGUGCCUUUUUCCAGACUCAUGACUUCUUAAUCCACCCUUACAGGGCUUUUUGUGUGUCUGUGUGUGUGUGUGUGCGCGUCUGUGUGUGUGUGUCUGUGUGCACAUGUGUGUUUUGCCCUGAAAGUCUUCCUUGUGUAGUUUCUAAAAGCUGAAUGUAACGUAUUUAGAUGGAAUAGGAGCCUGUAAAAAAAGUGAAAAUGUUUUAAUCCAAAGAGAUUCAUGUUAAAGUUUUAAACUGAGUGCACUAUUAAACUCAUUACUAACUCCGUGCCAUUUGUGUUAUGUUACACUGCCCUUAUAUCUCCAGCAGCAGAGCAUCGUCUUUCUUUGCUCUGGUUUAUUUCAUUGGAGGAUAAUUUUGUAAAUAAAACUAAACAUUGUUGAAUUUUAUUCUUUUUAUACUCUUAAUAAAAAUAUCAGAUUGUUC